GCGAAUCCACCCGCAUGGCGUAUUGAGCGUGUAUCUGCAACAGUUGUCUUCAUUGCUCUAGGAAACAUCCGUAUUCAGAACACAACGGAAAUUGUCAAAGGAAUCAACAGGUCUUGUCUAAAUUCAAAGAACUUCUUUUAAAGCAUGUCGAAAGAUUUCAAAGACAAAGUGGUUGUUAUUACUGGUGCUAGCUCCGGCAUUGGAGAGUGUACCGCCAUCUUGUUUGCUCAGCAUGGCGCUAAUGUUGUUCUGUGUGGAAGAGAUGAACGAAAAUUGUCGUCUGCUUUGCAAAAGUGUCAAGAAAUAAGUGGCGGGAACGUGGACAAACAUUUAGCAGUUCAAGGGGACAUAACAGACUCUCAGGUAAGGCGGCGUAUCAUUCAACAGACGAUAGAUAAAUUUGGUCACUUGGAUGUUUUGGUAAGCAACGCUGGAAUAAUGACUGAGAACAUCAGCCUGGAAGAUGCCACAGAAGAGGCGUUCGACUUGACGAUAAGCACCAAUGUCAAAGCUGGGUUUUUUCUUAUACAAGAAGCGAUACCACAUCUCGAGAAGUCUCAAGGCUGCAUCGUUGUUGUCUCAUCUAUUACCAGUUCAAUAGCGGACACAAAUGAAAUCAUCUAUGGCAUGUCCAAGGCAGCUGUAGAUUAUAUGACCAAAACGUAUGCGCUGGGUCUUGCUCCAAAAGGUAUUCGAGUCAAUGCUAUCAACCCAACGUCUGUCUCCUCCACUAGGCUGGAGCGUUACUAUUGUAGCGAAGAGGAAUCAAAGCUCUCCUAUUUAAAAUACGCGUCACAACAACCUCUGCACGGAAGGAACAGCACUCCGGAAGAACAAGCCCAGACCAUUCUAUUUUUAGCCAGUCCCGCAGCAAGCUUUAUAACGGGCCAAUGUGUUAAGGUUGACGGCGGAUCCAGUCUGGUUGGGCCCCAAGUCGAGUACUAACUAAAGCUAAUGAAGUGUCCAAUACGGGGGUCAAGAUUUGCACAAUGUAAAUAAAUAUUUUAUAUUGGAUAAAUGUUAAGGUUUCAUAUGUAGUAUUCCAUUCAUGGAUAUGUCCCGUUUUAAUAUUCAUUUUUUUCCCUCUAGAGAUGUUUUGGUUUGCUUAGUUCGUAUUCAAAUGAUGACGUCCUUUUGGAAAUAAUUGCUGCGGGAAAAAUGUAUUUCCGUUUCAAAGAAAUAUAAAAACAUUUAAUAGAAACUACUGAUGGUUACCAUUUAGAUUGCUAAUAGUAGGGCAAGAUGUUUGACACACAUAUCAGACAUCGUUAAAAACAUUUCAUUUGAUAAGGCUAUAAUUGAUAAAAAAUAUGGUGUUUUGGUACUUUGAAUGUAAUUCAAAUAAAUUAUUUUAUCAUUUUAAGUGCAUUUAUAUACUGAGUGACUGUGUGUAUUGUACGCAUUAUGCUCUAAAUUAAAAGAAUUUA